GUCUCUCAGUCUCUCACUGCUCAGUCAGUUAUUGCUGUGGACGGUGGUGUGAGGUGUUACGUGCGAAAAACUUUGCUGGGUGUGUUUUUUUUGUUUCGACAUUUAACAGUUCGAUUUUAUAUUUCAAGAAAAGGCGAUCGUUAUUGCAAACAAAAACCUUUUAAAAAAAAGUUAACUGACUCGAGUGAGAGGUUGCACGUAAUUCCGGAGGUCGAAUAUUUGGGUCAGUGAGGUCGCGACAGGCACUCCAGGCUAUUGUAUUACCAUCAACAACAGUACAUUUUUUUCUUCUUUUUUUUCCACGCCACACAUCACAAACUUCCCUGAAACCGACACGAGAGCUUUUGAUGAUUUCGUAAACAAAGCUUCAUUUAUUACAGCUCUACAACAACAGCAGCUCAGUACACGAUUAUACGAUUGCCAUUUUAAAGAGUAGUACAACAAUUAUAUCAAGUAAUUGUAAAACAAAAUUGUACAGUUUUUAUAGACUUGUUUUGACAACUAAUAUUCGUGACCUGUCUGUUUUUAGUACUGCAUUAGACCUAGAACCACCCAACAAAAUUAAUUAACGACCAAAACAUGUUUCAUUUUACAUAAUUUGUUGUUCCAACAUUCGAUCAAGUAUAAAAUGCGCUAGUAUACAGUAGUAAAUGUAGCUUUUUGAUAAAUAGGCCUCUUAGUACCUAUAUAGAUUGCGCGUAGCUGGAUAAAAAAACACAGAAUAUCUUAGUUUUUAAUAAUAGAUAAAGCUUGAAGAAUAUAUACGCACACCCACAUUUACAUAGAACAUACAACGUUACUAGAAACACUUAACAAUAAAGACGCUGUUGGAAAUCAGUUCACUUAGGCCUAACAAGAUAAGCCCAUCAUGUCUUGGGCGGACUUUGUAAACUGGCUCGACGACAACAAAGUUGUGCUAAUCGCUGUCACCUGUUCAGGCUCUGGAAUCCCAUACCCUCCUCCGUAUUCCCCGAACCCUUAUGACCAUCCCCGCACCAAGUAGCAGGAUUGUUGCCAGCUAGUAGGACGCUUAAAUGGACGACGUUUCCCUUGUAGUUGAGAUCUCCAUCGCAUUCGUCGUCGGAGCCGCUAGCUGCCUGGCUGCCCUGCGGAUAUGGCUUCAGGGACCGAAGUGCAGAAGCAAAGUGCGGCUGGACGGCAAGACGGUCGUGAUCACGGGAGCCAACACGGGCAUCGGCAAGGAGACCGCCAAGGAUCUAUCGAAGAGAGGCGCUAAAGUGGUGAUGCUAUGCCGAGAUCUGGAGAAGGCGCGCUUAGCGGCCGAGGAGAUCCACAAGGAGACGGGGAACACCGUCGGAGUGUACCAUUUGGACCUGGCUUCCUUGGACUCCGUCAGGAACACCGCUGCCACGCUCAAGGACACCGAACCCAAGAUCCACUGCCUGAUUAACAACGCAGGCGUCAUGAUGUGCCCAAGGUGGGAGACGAAAGACGGGUUCGAGAUGCAGCUGGGUACGAAUCACUUGGGCCACUUCCUCCUGACGUUGCUCCUGCUGGAUCAGGUGAAGGCAGCCGCCCCGUCUAGGAUUGUCACUGUGUCCUCCAUCGCACAUACGCAGGGCAGCAUGCACUGGGAUGACCUGAUGAUGACCCAAAACUACGAUGCAAAGGAGGCCUACUGUCAGAGCAAACUGGCCAAUGUGUUGUUUUCACGAGAGCUUGCCAAAAAACUUCAAGGCACGGGAGUCAACACGUAUUCUUUGCAUCCUGGAGUGGUCCAGACAGAACUUGGACGUCACAUACACGAGUCAGUCAACGACUUCAUCCACUGGGCGUUCCAUUUCUUUGGCCAAUUCUUCUUCAAGACAGUCGAACGUGGGGCUCAAACAACAAUAUACUGCGCCGUGGAUGAAAGUCAAGCCAACCAGACUGGAAAGUAUUACAGUGACUGCGCAGAGAAGAAGCCUCAUCCCAGAGGUGAAUGCGACGACGACGCUCACCGCCUUUGGGACACAAGCCUCCGUUUGGUUGGAUUGGACCAUUACAGCGUCUAAGAUGUCACUACGCCACCUGAUGCAGCAAUUUCAUUGCAGUUUGACUUUAUACAUUUUUAUUACUUUCAUCUUCCUGACAUUCUCCUCCACUUAUAUACCUAUAACUAUUACAUAAUAUUUUUUCAGCCUGUCCAGCUUCAAAGCCUGUGUAGUUCUUCAUAAUAUCCUAAUUCCAUAUGAAACACAGCUUCAAUUGUAGGCUUUUCAUAAUCAAAUAAACUCCACAUUGGA